AUGAGCACUGAUGAAUCGAUGAGGAUUUUUGUCGGGGUCGAUUGUUUUGGCCGAGGAUGUCCCGGGGGUGGUGGGUUCGGCACAAAGGAAGCUUUGGAACUCAUUAUCAAAGCGUCGGAGUUGCGGCCUGACCGUCCUUUGUCCGUGGCUUUAUUCGCUCCGGCCUGGUCCUUUGAGAAGCGGAGGGAGUUGGAUCCUCUUUCCGGCAGUGAAGACAUUGCUGGCGAAGUCACGAGCAUCUUCCAACUCGAUUAUCGCUUUUGGAGCCCCUUAAUGCCACUAAUAUCUCGAAUUCGAGCUUCUGGCACUUUGAGUCGGCAUUUCUAUCGUCCAUUGAGUCCUUGGAGUGGCUACUUUCAUAGUAAUCUUUCCUUGGGGUUGGGAUUAUUCGAUGGGCACUCGAGUAUUUUCAGUCCGUGGAGCCGUUUGGCUGAACAGCAGGUACUGCCCACCUGCCGCGUUCUUUCCAAUGAACUGAGCGGGACUGAAGAGAAGGGUUUCACUGUCAAGGUGAUGCCUGAUUUCAUGGAUUAUUAUUCUCCUGGUAGCAGUCUGCGCCUUCACAUCACCCCGUCUGGCGGUGUGAAGAAGAGUCUGGUUCUUGAACUUUUUCUGUUUCCAAACCUCUCACUUUCCUCCAUCGCUACGCUAACAAUAAUUAUGCAAAUCGAAAAUGGUAGAAGUUCUGUGAAGGUGUUUGCGGACCUUUGCACUAUUUCUUGGGAUUUAGUCUAUGUAACUGAAGAAUAUCCUGUUACAGGUAGACAGUACCUUGGAUUUGAAGCUGCCAGAUUUGGAAGUCAGCAAAACGGACCGGUUAAUGUUGGGCGAGAGUAG